UUUAGCACAUGUGGCACAGAGCGCAAGGACCGGCGUAAGGAUCCCGGUUUGAGCCCCCGGCUCCCCAUCUGCAGGGCAGUCGCUUCACAGGCGGUGAAGCAGGUCUGCAGGUGUCUGUCUUUCUCUCCCCCUCUCUGUCUUCCCCUCCGCUCACCAUUUCUCUUUGUCCUAUCCAACAACAAUAUCAAUAAUAACUACAACAAUGAAACAACAAAGGCAACAAAAGGGAAUAAAUAUUUAAAAAAAAAAAAAAAAACCAACAGAGGAGGCCAGUCGGCAGGUCAGAGCCCUGGCCAGCAGGCCCCAGGCUUCACCACUGACUGUCCCCACAGGCACAAGAAGAACCAGGAGGCUGUGCAGCAGCUCCGGGGCCGCCUGCGUGACAACCGUGAGCAGCAGCGCUUCUUACAGGACUGUCACGAGCUGAAACUCUGGAUCGACGAGAAGAUGCUGACGGCCCAGGACGUGUCCUACGACGAGGCCCGCAACCUGCACACCAAGUGGCAGAAGCACCAGGCCUUCAUGGCCGAGCUGGCCGCCAACAAAGACUGGCUGGGCAAGGUGGACAAGGAAGGGCGGGAGCUGAGCCUGGAGAAGCCGGAACUGAAGGCCCUGGUGUCGGACAAGCUGGAGGCCCUGCACCAGCGCUGGGACGAGCUGGAGAGCACCACGCAGGCCAAGGCGCGCAGCCUCUUCGAUGCCAACCGUGCCGAGCUCUUUGCCCAGAGCUGCUCCGCCCUGGACAGCUGGCUCGAGAGCCUGCAGGCUCAGCUGCACUCCGACGACUACGGCAAGGACCUCACCAGCGUCAACAUCCUGCUCAAGAAACAGCAGAUGCUGGAGCGGGAGAUGGCCGUGAGGGAGAAGGAGGUGGAGGCCAUCCAGGCCCAGGCCCAGGCGCUGGCCCAGGAGGACCAGGGUGCGGGGGAGGUGGAGCGCACGUUCAGGGCCGUGGAGGAGAAGUUCCGGGCCCUGUGCCAGCCCAUGAAGGCCCGCUGCCAGCGCCUGCAGGCCUCUCGGGAGCAGCACCAGUUCCACAGGGACGUGGAGGAUGAGAUUCUGUGGGUGACAGAGCGGCUGCCCAUGGCCAGCUCCACGGAACACGGCAAGGACCUGCCGAGUGUCCAGCUCCUCCUGAAGAAGAACCAGACCCUGCAGAAGGAGAUCCAGGGCCACGAGCCGCGCAUCGCCGACCUCACCGAGCGGCAGCGCGCGCUGGGCGUGGCGGCCCCCGAGCUGGCCCAGCUGCAGGACAUGUGGCAGCGCCUGGGCCGCGAGCUGCAGCUGCGGGGGCAGCGGCUGGAGGAGGCGCUGCGGGCCCAGCAGUUCUACCGCGACGCCGCCGAGGCCGAGGCCUGGAUGGGCGAGCAGGAGCUGCACAUGAUGGGCCAGGAGAAGGCCAAGGACGAGCUGAGCGCCCAGGCCGAGGUGAAGAAGCACCAGGUGCUGGAGCAGGCGCUGGCCGACUACGCCCAGACCAUCCGCCAGCUGGCCGCCAGCAGCCAGGACAUGAUCGACCAUGAGCAUCCCGAGAGCACGCGGCUGUCCAUCCGCCAAGCGCAGGUGGACAAGCUGUACGCGGGCCUGAAGGAGCUGGCGGGAGAGCGGCGAGAGCGCCUGCAGGAGCACCUGCGUCUGUGCCAGCUGCGCCGGGAGCUUGACGACCUGGAGCAGUGGAUCCAGGAGCGCGAGGUGGUGGCGGCCUCCCACGAGCUGGGCCAGGACUACGAGCACGUGACUAUGCUGCGGGACAAGUUCCGCGAGUUCUCCCGGGACACCAGCACCAUCGGCCAGGAGCGCGUGGACGGUGCCAACGCCCUGGCCAACGGGCUCAUCGCGGGGGGCCACACCGCCCGGGCCACCGUGGCCGAGUGGAAGGACGGGCUGAACGAGGCCUGGGCCGACCUGCUGGAGCUGCUGGACACGCGGGGCCAGGUGCUGGCGGCGGCGCACGAGCUGCAGCGCUUCCUGCACGGGGCGCGCCAGGCCCUGGCCCGCGUGCAGCACAAGCAGCAGCAGCUGCCCGACAGCGUGGGCCGCGACCUCAACAGCGCUGAGGCCCUGCAGCGGUGCCACUGCGCCUUCGAGCAUGAUAUCCAGGCCCUCAGCGCACAGGUCCAGCAGGUGCAGGACGACGGGCUCCGGCUGCAGAAGGCCUAUGCGGGAGACAAGGCCGAGGAGAUCGGCCGCCACAUGCAGGCGGUGGCCGAGGCCUGGGCCCAGCUGCAGAGCAGCUCCGCCGCCCGUCGCCAGCUGCUCCUUGACACCACCGACAAGUUCCGCUUCUUCAAGGCCGUCCGGGAGCUGAUGCUGUGGAUGGACGGGGUCAACCUGCAGAUGGACGCCCAGGAGCGGCCUCGGGACGUGUCCUCUGCAGACCUGGUCACCAAGAACCACCAGGGCAUCAAGGCGGAAAUAGAGGCCCGGGCCGACCGCUUCUCUUCCUGCAUCGACAUGGGCCAGGGGCUGCUGGCCAGGAGCCACUAUGCAGCUGAGGAGAUCUCCGAGAAGCUGUCGCAGCUGCAGGCUUGGCGCCAAAAGACAGCUGACAAGUGGCAGGGGAAGAUGGACUGGCUGCAGCUCGUUCUGGAGGUGCUGGUGUUCGGCAGAGACGCGGGCGUGGCGGAGGCCUGGCUGUGCAGCCAGGAGCCGCUGGUGCGGAGCGCGGAGCUGGGCUGCACGGUGGACGAGGUGGAGAGCCUCAUCAAGCGGCACGAGGCCUUCCAGAAGUCGGCGGCGGCCUGGGAGGAGCGCUUCAGCGCACUGGAGAAGCUCACCGCGCUGGAGGAGCAGGAGAAGGAGCGGAAAAGGAAGUUGGAGGAGGAGGAACGCAGGAAACAGCCCCCAGCUCCAGAGCCCCCCACCAGCCUGCCCGCGGGAGACCUGGUGGAUGGCCAACAGGCUCCCAACGCUUCCUGGGACGGAAGCCAUCCCCGGCUUCCAGCAUCCACGCAACCCGCCAGUGUGAACGGAGUGUGCACAGACACAGAGUCCCCGCAGCUGCUGUUGGAGCAGCAGAGCCUCGAGCAGGGCAGCUUCCCGGAAAGGCCUGGGUCUGGUGCCGGGGAUGAGGCCAACGGGCCACGAGGGGAGAGGCAGGCCCGGGCUCGGGGCGCACCCCCCGCCGCCAUGCCCCAGAGCAGGUCAUCCGAGUCUGCCCGCCUCGCCACCCUGCCCCCGCGGGGCCCUGAGCUCUCUGCCCAGGAGCAGAUGGAGGGCCUGUUGUGCCGCAAGCAGGAAAUGGAAGCCUUGGGCAAGAAGGCGGCCAACAGGUCCUGGCAGAACGUGUACUGCGUCCUGCGGCGGGGGAGCCUGGGCUUCUACAAGGAUGCCAAGGCGGCGAGCGCGGGCGUGCCCUACCACGGAGAAAUGCCGGUCAGCCUGGCCAGGGCGCAGGGCAGUGUGGCCUCCGAUUACCGGAAGCGCAAGCACGUCUUCAAACUGUGCUUACAGGAUGGAAAAGAAUAUUUAUUCCAGGCCAAGGAUGAGGCCGAGAUGAGCUCCUGGCUGCGGGUGGUGAACGCAGCCAUUACCGCUGCGUCCUCGGCCUCAGGAGAGCCAGAGGAGCCCGCCGUGCCCAGUGCCCCUCGGGGCAUGACCCGAGCCAUGACCAUGCCCCCCGUGUCCCCCGUCGGGGCAGAAGGGCCUGUGGUGACCCGCAGCAAGGACGGCCGGGAGCGCGAGCGAGAAAAGCGGUUCAGCUUCUUCAAGAAGAACAAGUAGCUGCAGGGGUGGCGACUGCCAGGCCGGCUCCGCCCUCUGUUCAGGAAACUGCCAGGGACCCGUGACAGGGCCCACGCCCUUGUCAGGACACUGCCUGCUGCUAGGGUCUGUUGCCAAGGUCACCCCAUCACCAGGAACUGUCUGGGGGCCAAGCCAGGGCCUCCCGGGCAACCCUUCUCUUCUGCUAUUUAAUUCCAGACUGGUGGUGGGACCCAGGCGACCCCACCCACUCCCCCACCUGCCCCUGUUCCCUGGCCUUCCACCUCUGCCCUCCACAGGGUGGACAGUCCCCCCCCAGCACCCUCCACACUGGCCAGGCCAUGCAGGAGUGGCUGUCCCCGCCUCGAGGCUUCACCACCCACUCUCUCCUCGCACCCGGGGCCAGCCAGGAACCUCUCUGAGCUGAAGCAGGCCCUGGGGGCAAGGCAGCUAGCUGACCGUGAAGCCCCCUUCCCCACCUACCCUGACUAAGCAGCCUUCCCUCCAGCCCCUCAGAAAGGCUUCCAAGCGGGAGGGGUUGAGAGGGUGGCAGCUUCGGCCCUGAGUCUGGCCCAGGAGGUGAUUAAACAGCUCAGCUUCCCUCCC